AUCUGCCAUCACCUUGAUCAUCAACCCAGGUUGCUUCUUCUUCCCAGGCUUGAGCUCAAGGCCUUGACCACCAUGAAGCUCCUCAUCCUUACCUGCCUUGUGGCUAUUGCUCUUGCCAGACCUAAACAUCCUCAUAGACAGCUAGAACUCGUUCGAAAUGAACCAGACAGCAGAGAGGAGCUUCUCAAAGAAAGACAGGCUCUCAGGUUCGCUCUCCUUACACCAAGAGAAUUAAGACAGGAACACCUCAGUGAACUGAGCAGGCAAAGAGAACUUCUGAGAGAAACACAGAAUGAUGAACCCAAGGGACAUGUUAUGGAAGACCUUGAGCAAAGGGAAGCUAGCAGCAGUUCAUCAAGCGAGGAAGUUGUUCCCAAUAACACUCAGCAGAAGCACAUUUCAAAGGAAGAUAUACUCUCUCAACGCUAUCUGGAACAGCUUCAUAGACUGAGCAAAUACAAUCAACUGCAACUGGAAGCUCUCCGUGACCAGCAACAACUGCGCAGAGUGACUGAAAACAACCACAUCCAAUUGCCUUUCCAACAAUUCUACCAACUUGAUGCUUAUCCCUAUGCUGUGUGGUAUUACCCUCCACAAGUCAUGCAGUAUAUUGCUUACACACCAUUCUAUGACGUCACUAAACUUACGGCCCCUGAGAACACUGAAAACGUUGGUGUUGUGCCAGAGUGAAAAAUUAAAAAUUCUCAGAAACUCCACAAUUAUGGUACUUGAUGUGACUGAAAAUUCCAUUCUCUAAAUUUCGCCUCUAUCGUGUAGAACCAUCCUAGCCAAAGGAUUCGACUGUUAUUUUAGAAUAGGACAAUCCCAAAUUGAAGGCAGUCUUUUCUUCUUGAGUUCUCUACUGUGCAUUAGAUAGAAUAUCAUCAUUUUCAUUAAGCUAAGUUUUCCUAACAGUUUAUUGUCUAAAUUUCAGUUACAUCAUGCUGGUGUGAAGGCCACUGAAUCAGAGGGUAUUGAAGUCUUUACUAAGUUUCUGUGAUGGAAAUUUUGUUUAAAAAGUCUUUGAAUUGCUUCUUCUGUAAGUGCCAUCAUUUCAUGUAAUUGUGUGCAGUGACUGAGAUUUUUCUUUUUCUUUUCAAUAAAUUAUACUUUUAAGGCACAGUC